AUGUUUCUUUCAGAUGCCAUUGCUGGUUCAUCAUCUGAUGAAGACGAAGAAACAGCCUCGACCUCAAAAGAUCAGCUGAAGAGUUUCUCCUGCAUCACCUGUGGAAAAACAUUGAGUUCACAGGGUCAUCUAGUGAGACACGAGAGAACACACACAGAACAGAAAGACUUCAGCUGCAAGAGAUGCGACAUCAGCUUUCCUACCGCAGAAGAGAGGAGACUUCAUUCAAAAGAGCACAGGGUGAAGAAGGAGUUUCGCUGUGAACAGUGCGGGAAGGAUUUUUUCACCACUGCUCAAAAAAUGAAAGUUCAUAUAAAGACACACAACGAAAAGUCUUUCCAGUGCAGCGAAUGUGAAAAGUAUUUCGGCACCAAAGCAAAUCUGGAAGCUCAUAAGCGAAUCCACACGGGAGAAAGACCGUACAAGUGCCCUCACUGCGAGAAGACCUACAACCACGGAUCUCAUCUGAAGAAACAUGUGCGUGUUCACACCAAUGAGAGACCGUACCAGUGCAGUGAAUGUGGGAAAACCUUCACAGAGUCAGGCAGUCUAAAGUCACACCAGAGAAUCCACUCUGAUGAGAAACCGUAUCAGUGCAAACACUGUGACAAACGCUUCCGGCAGAAAUCCCAUCUGAAGUGUCACGAGAGGACUCACACCGGAGAGAAACCGUAUCUGUGCUCCCACUGCGGGAAGAGCUUUUCCAAUCCGACACAUUUCAAAGUUCAUCAAAGAAUUCACACGGGAGAAAAACCGUAUCACUGCAGCGUUUGUGAGAAGAGGUUCAGAAAGUAUGUUAAUUUACAGAGGCACACAACGAUUCAUACCAGAGAAAGACAGUUUAAAUGCUCACAGUGUGACAAGACGUUUGCUCGAUCAGACGUCCUGAAGGUCCAUCAGCGAGUUCAUACAGGAGAGAAACCUUACCGUUGCUCCAUCUGCGGCGAGAGAUUUGCUUAUUUAGGUAGCUUUCAGACCCAUCAGAACAAACACGCUAAAGAACAAACUGCUCCAGAAUCAUCAGAGUGACUUUUCAGCCUUGGCUUUAUUUCUGCAGUUGCUUUCAUCAUUCAUGUGUGUGGAAGACCAUUUUUGCAAAAUAAGAAAAAAU